AUGUUUCUCCAGCGAAAUAGAUGUAAACCUCAUCUCAGUGGCAUCAAUACUUUGGUUUUUCAUCACACUGCUGUCUUUCUUCUCUUAACACAUUGCUGUGAAGGUCAGUCUCAGGCAAUUGACCGUUCUAAGCCAAUAGUGGCAAUGGUUGGUGAUGACAUCAUUUUACCAUGCCACCUGGAAACUGCCACUGAUGUUGCUGCUAAGACAUUGGAAUGGGCAAGACUUGACCUGAACCCUAGAUUUGUCCAUUUGAGGCGUGAUGGUGUGGAACUUUUGGUUGAUCAGCAUCCGUCAUAUAUAGGAAGAACAUCACUGUCCCCCGACAAACUGAAGCAUGGAGACAUUUCACUAAAACUCUCCAAAGUGAAACUCUCUGAUGAUGGAACAUACAGGUGCUUUGUUCCACCGCAAAGCACAUCUGUGGUUAAGCUUGUUGUUGGUGCUACCUCCCCGCCUGUUGUGAUCAUAGCAGAGAUUGAUAAAAGCAGUGGCAAAGUGGUGCUACAGUGUGAGUCUAAAGGAUGGUAUCCACAGCCUGAGGUGUUUUGGCUGGACGGUGAGGGAAACCUCCUCUCUGCUGAACCUACAAAGACAGUCAGAGGUCCUGAUGGUCUCUAUACUGUCAGCAGCAGAGUGACUGUGGAGAAGAAACAAAGCAACAUCUUCACUUGCAGAGUCGAACAGAACAAUAUCAACCAGUCCAGAACCACAGAAAUCCAUAUUCUAGAGAAUGUAUUCACGACCCCAUCUUGCUCUGCUGUUCGUAUCACUGUGGUCUUGAUCUCAUGUGUUGGCUUCAUGGUUUUUUCUGCGGUAUUCCUUGUUUUGUGGAAACGAAGACAAAACAACAUCAAUAGCAAAAUGCAACCUGAAAAUGAAACAGGGAAAAGACAACAACUCAUCAAAGGAAGUAUAAAGUUGAAGAAUUUGACUGAGGAAAAAGCAAAAGAGUUACAUAAGAAAGAAAAGGAAAAGGAAGACAUGUCAUGUGUGAUUACAGUAUUGAACACGGAGAAGAAUGAGCUAGAGAUCUCCAGAGACAAAUGGAAAUCACAGCUGGAGGAGACGUUGAAAGAGAGGGGUAAAAAAGAGAAGAAACUUGAAAAAAUUGAUAAGAGAUAUAGUUGGGACAGUGAUCAAAAAAAGGCCUCUCUGUUAUCGGCCAAGCAGGAAUUGGAGAAGAAAAAGGAAGAUUAUCAGAAUACUUUGAACAGCAUAGUGGAAAGACUAAAGAACAUUGAGGAUAUGAUUACAAGAAUGACAGAAAGAAAAAUGGAUGUAGAGGAACAGUUGAAGCUGGAAUAG